CGGCGUGCCCCGGGCCCGGACCACAACUCCCGCUGUGCUUCCCGCGGCGCUUCGACGGCAGCCGAGGUGGGCCAUGGGGCACGCAGACAUGGCGCGUGUUCCGCACGUCGUGGCCGACACGGGCGCGUUCCUGAGCGCGGCCCCGCUGCAGGACAUCGCGGACGCGCUGUACACCGUGCCCGAAGUGCUGGCCGAGAUCCGCGACCCCCCCCCCGCCAUCUCAGGGAGCCCCGAGCCCCCCGAGGAGCAGCGGAGCUCUGCAGGGGGGGCCAGCGCUGGCGAAGAGGAGGAGGAUGAGGAGAGCGAUGACGAAGGCUGGAUAACUCCCAGCAACCUGAAGCAGGCCCAGCAGGACACAGGGCACUGUGACACUGCUCCCAUCGGUAUCCAGGUCGGCUGUGUCACCACGGACUUUGCCAUGCAGAACGUGCUGCUGCAGAUGGGGCUCCACGUGCUGGCUGUGAACGGGAUGCUGAUCCGCCGGGCCCGGAGCUACAUCCUGCGCUGCCACGGCUGCUUCAGGACCACCUCGGACAUGACCAAGGUGUUCUGCCCCCACUGCGGUAACAAGACCCUGAAGAAGGUGGCAGUGAGUGUCAGUGACGAUGGCAGUCUCCACAUGCAUUUCUCCCGCAACCCCAAGGUGCUGAACCCCCGGGGGCUCAGGUACCCGCUGCCGGCGCCGCAGGGCGGGAAGCACGCCAACAACCCCCACCUGGUGGAGGACCAGCGCUUCCCGCAGCAGCGCCUGUCCCGCAAGGCCCGGCAGAAAACCAACGUCUUCGACCCCGAUUACCUGGCCGGGGCCUCUCCCUUCGCCGAGAACGACGUGCACAGCCGGGCGGCGCAGCUGCACCUGCGCGACGCCGCCCUGGGCGCCGGCCGCCGCCGCCUCAACCCCAACGCCGUCACCAAGAAGUUCGUCAGGAGGAGGUGAGGGGCAGGACGGGCCCCACCUGCCCAGCUGUGGUGGUGGCUCUGCCAGGGCCAGCCCAUCCUGUCCCCGCUGCGCCAGUGCCCAGAGCGCCACCGUGACUGGGGUGAUGGUGACUGGGUUUGGGAGCACAGGCCAGGGUGGGGUGGCUUCCCUGCCCCUCCCCGGGCACCCCAGGCAGGGACUGUGUCACCCAAUAAACACCAAAUCCCAGAGCACCGUGACUUGGUCCCAUUU